GGGGAGUGUUUUUAUUGCCAUCUCCCAGUUAUUGCGCCCUAAUUCAUAGCUAGACGCUGAAUUGUAGUAGAGCUCUAGUACAGUGGAUUUCUGCUGCCAUAUUGUGCUAUAUAAGAGUCAAACAAAGAACGGCACGUACAAGAACAUACAUUUUUUUUGCUAAAUUUGAUUAUUAGCUUGGUCUGAGCAGCGUAUAAUAACAUGGGUAACAAGCAGGUGAAGCAACAUUUUGAAACUGCAAAGAAAACUGGAGUUCUUAAGAUAUCCCUAUUGCGGUUGGACGAAUUCCCUUCAGCGCUGAAAACUUUCCCUAACGUGCUGAAAACGCUGGAUAUAUCAGAAAAUCGAUUCACCCUUCUGCCGGACGAUAUAGCCAAAUUCACUCUUCUGAAGCAUUUGAAUGCCAGUGGAAACAAAAUUGCCCUUAUUCCCGACUGCAUUGGUGUUCUGGUGAAGCUGGAAACGCUCAACAUGAUGAACAAUCUGUUGACGACCGUACCUAGGAGCUUGUCGAGCUGCACACAUUUAAAGCAAGUCAUUCUCAGCAACAAUCAGAUCAGCACGUUCCCGGUAGUGUUUUGUGAGCUAAAGCAGCUAGACCUUUUGGAUCUGUCAAGGAACAAAAUAACAGAGAUACCCCCGGAGGUAAAGUCACUGCAAGCGACGGAGUUGAAUUUAAACCAAAACCAAAUCACUAUCCUAGCCGAAGAAAUUGCUGCCUGUGCAAAGUUGAAGACCCUCCGGUUAGAAGAGAAUUGUCUCCAAAUUUCUUCGAUCCACCCAAAGAUCCUUAUCGAAUCUAAAGUAUGCAAUCUGUGUGUGGAUGGCAAUUUGUUUAACUCGAAGCAGUUCACAGAACUACAGGGAUACGAUGCCUACAUGGAACGGUACACCGCAGUUCGGAAAAAGAUUUCUUAAAAUAUUUUUCAUCGUUCAACGUGAUCAUCGACAUAUAUAUAUCUGUGAGGACUAAGUCUAGCACGAGUUUUAUCGUCUUCAACCACAAAAAAACGAUUCACUUGAUCUUCACGCAUCCACCCGCUAGCUGUUUUAUCAAAUAUGAAGGCAACGAUAUUUUCUUAUACACCGUUUGUUGAUAGACCGAUAUACUGUGUACGAAAUUACUAGCAAAAUAUAU